AUGGUCCAGUUCAACAACAUCAUAUUGCUCGGGCUGGCAGCUACAUAUGUAGCUGCUUCACCAAUCGAUCUUCACAGAAGAUGGUGCGGCACAGAGGAAGAAAGGAGCCUUCAUCCGGAGUGUAAUACUCUCUACCCUCCCGCUAAUACGACUGUCCCUCCAACCUCAAUUGAAACGACUACUCCAUGCGAGACCACGUCGACUACUGUGGAGACAACUCCAUGUGAGACUACUUCUACAUCUGUAGAAACUACGACGACUCCGUGUGAUACUACUUCUACGGCCGUAGAGACAACUCCUACUUAUGUUGAAACCACAACUCCGUGCGAGACGACCUCAACAGAAGUGGAAACUACAACCACCCCAUACGAGACUACACCUACUACUGUAGAGACGACUCCAUGUGAGACUACAUCUACUGUGGAGACUACAACUCCAUGCGAAACUACCUCUACUUCUGUGGAAACAACACCUGUGGAGACUACCCCAUGUGAAACUACUUCUACGCCUGUGGAAACGACACCUGUGGAGACUACUCCCUGCGAAACUACUUCUACACCUGUGGAAACGACACCUGUGGAGACUACCCCAUGUGAAACCACCUCGACUUCUGUGGAAACAACGCCCGUGGAGACGACACCUUGUGAGACUACCUCUACACCUGUGGAAACCACUCCCGUGGAAACUACUCCCUGUGAGACUACCUCUACACCUGUGGAAACGACACCUGUGGAGACUACUCCCUGCGAGACUACCUCGACAUCGGUGGAAGCCACGCCCGUGGAGACCACUCCAUGUGAAACCACCUCGACUUCUGUGGAAACGACACCUGUUGAGACGACACCUUGUGAGACUACCUCUACACCUGUGGAAACCACUCCCGUGGAGACUACUCCCUGCGAGACUACCUCUACUCCAGUAGAGACUACUCCUUGUGAAACUUCCUCGACAUCUGUGGAGACCACACCUUGCGAGACCACACCAGUGGAAACUACACCAGUGGAGACCACACCUUGUGAGACCACACCAGUGGAAACUACACCAGUGGAGACCACACCCUGCGAGACCACGCCAGUUGAGACUACACCGGUAGAGACCACACCGUGUGAGACCACACCGGUUGAGACCACGCCAGUUGAGACCACGCCCUGCGAGACCACACCGGUUGAGACCACGCCAGUUGAGACUACACCGGUAGAGACCACACCGGUUGAGACCACUCCGGUUGAGACCACGCCCUGCGAGACCACUCCAGUUGAGACCACUCCAGUUGAGACCACACCCUGCGAGACCACACCAGUGGAGACUACACCCUGCGAGACUACACCAGUGGAAACUACGCCAGUUGAGACCACACCUUGCGAGACCACUCCAGUUGAGACCACCCCGGUGGAAACUACUCCCUGUGAAUCUACUACAAGCACAACUUCUAUCAUUCCUCCGCCUUCAAGCACAUAUGUGCCUCCACCACCAACAUAUUCGCCACCUCCACCCCCCUCCAGCACACCAUGUACAACUAGCUCAACCUACGUUCCACCCCCCCCACCUUCUAGCACUUAUGUUCCUCCUCCACCAACAUACUCACCCCCACCCCCACCUUCCAGCACAUAUGUUCCACCACCACCUCCUUCCAGUACACACGCUCCACCCCCAAGCUCCUACGUCCCACCUCCACCACCACAUACAUUGGCUACUAGUACCACACCAGCUCCAAUUACCACUGCUCCUCCACCACCAUCAUACACAGGCGCCGCAGUGGCACUCCGCCCAGCAGUUGGCGUUGUAGCUGCAAUGGCCGCUGGAGCUGUCCUUCUUCUUUAA